CUCAUACUUAAUCUAAACCCAUCUCCUCUACCAUGCUAGAACCAUAGUCACCGUACAAUCCAUCUCCAUCUUUAAUUCUUCAGUCUUCUUCAUCUUCUUCAGUUUCUCUUCGAACUCUCGGCUCUAAUUCAUUUUUCAAGAUUUGGACAAAGCUGCGCGACUGAUUUCGGGUUGGAGAGACAGGUUGCGCACGGGUGGGGCAAAGCUGUGCAAAGGUUGUGCAGGUGCUUUACUGGUUGCUAAGUCUGGAGCUCAACUUGCUGCUUCCAGUGAGGGUGUUUCUCUGAUUGUCCCUGACACAUCUCCAAGGGUGAUAAAUCGAGAAGAUGGAAAUACAGUGGAUAUGCUGGGAUGAAGCUGAUAGAUGUUUGUCUUUUAUCAUUAAUUAACCUGUCCAUAUCCCAUUUGAAAAAAGAUUUGUAGUAACGUUGUCAUCAUGAAUUCUCUGUCAUCUUUCUUGUGCUCAUCAGCUCACCAACAACCUCCACUUUCUAAUAGAUUAAGACUCCGUUCUAAUUGCCUCCACCAGUAUUCUCAUAGCCAAUGCAGUUACCCUCGUCACUCUGUUGGACUUUCAUCCAUUCGCCACUCAUUAGUUCGUGCUACAACUCCAUCAGAAGAAGGGGUUGUUGCUGUUAUGAAUUUUGAUGAUUUAGUUGAGAAAGAUUGGUCGUUCCUUGAAUACAGUAGCACAAGUUCCAGGGAAGAACAUGACAACAAGACUGACCGAAUUAUCUCUGCUGGAAAUGUGGUGAAGACCUCAAAGGUCCUGGUUUCUAUAGGUUCAGAAGAAUUUGUUGAUCGGUUGGUUGAGUCUUCUCCAUGCCAAAUUCUGCUCAUUGUUCAUGAGUCCCUCCUAUCACUUGCAUGCAUCAAAGAGAAGCAUGACAAAGUUAAGUGUUGGCAAGGAGAAUUCAUUUUUGUACCUGAAAAGUGGGACCCCUUGGAUGUUGUUUUCCUUUAUUUCUUGCCUGGUUUACCCUUUCAACUUGAUGAGAUCUUCAAAACACUUGCCGGUCGCUGUUCACCAGGUGCAAGAGUGGUGAUCAGUCAUCUCCAAGGAAAGCAGGCAUUAGAGCAGCAACGACAACAAUACCCUAAUGUCAUUGUCUCUAACUUACCCGAGAAGAUGACUUUGGAGAACGUUGCAUCUAAUUAUUCAUUUGUGUUGAAGGAAUAUGUUGAUGAUUCAAGCUUUUAUCUGGCAGUUUUGGAGUUCAAGACUUGAAUGGCUUUCAUUUUUGUGAGUUAUCAAUGGUCUAAUAUAUUUCAAGGAAGUUUUGGAGUUCAAGGCAAAAAGCCUACAGAUGCUAACUAUGGAGGCUGUGUUGAUUGAUUUUAAUUCCUUCAACCUACACCAUUUUGUGAUAUUUUUUUGAAAGUUGUCUUUAGGCAUAAAUACUGUAUAUCUGCUACAGUUUUGUGAAUUCUGAAACAGUUUUGUUAUUCAUAUAUAAUAUGCAUUUUACAUCA